ACAAGCAUAUAAAGAUUUUUUUUUAUAAAAAAAUCUAUAAUUUGGAUUUAUACAAAUAUAACAUUUAUUUGCAUUUGAAAUCAUAACAAAAUAAGAAAAAAUAUGUUUUUUCAACCAAUGUGUUUUAUAAAUUUCCGGUUUCCCUAAAUUUUCACUGAUUGAACCAAAUUGAGAUUACAAAUUUAUUUUUAGUUGUUUAGAUUUCAAGUCACAUUUCCGUAUGACUCGAGCAACGGUUCAAAGAUUGGCUGAAACUUUUGGACUUUCAUUAAGCGAACACAGUACUGGACCAGAAAGAAUGUGCCCUGAAAAGCAAUUAUGCAUUGCUUUAUGGUAUUUCGCAAAUCAAGAAGUCUACAGCCUGGCUUUUGGGAACCGACUGUUAUCCGGAAGAGCCUUGGGGACUGCCCCUUCUGGAGGAUAUGUGGAGGGUGGACAGGCGCCACACAAUAAUCCCUUUAUCUGCCAUGCCGCCAGUGCCACCAGAGGUUGGAUACCAACCCCUUUCUAAGGUUUUCCAAUUGACAUUCCUGCAAUGCCAUUAUUGGACGCGGGGGCGGCAAUCUAGGACCCGAGCAAGAUGGCAAGUGAAGAUCAACGUUCCUGUGAGUCGGGUUUGGGAGACGAUCGGUCCAGAAGGGUUCCUUUUGGAUCCGGUCGUCUCAUUGGCUGUCGCUCCUGUCUAGGACGAAGGACCUCCCCUCUCCUUUCGCGCGCUUCAGUGACACACAUAUCAAUCGAUCGCUUAUCGGUUUGGGGUCGCAAUGGACACGGCGUGGAGAGCUACUCACAAUGUUGCACGUGUCUUAGGUGCAAAUUCUGCUAAUUACAUACAUUGGCCUGAAGGACAAGAAUUUAUUACUGGAGAACGUGAUUUUGAAGUCUUCGCUGGAUUUCCGGGUGUUAUAGCAGCUGUUGAUGGAUGCCAUAUAGAAAAUAAUGCUCCCAAAGUUGAUGAAUAUGCAUACGUUAAUAGAAAGGGUUAUCAUUCAGUUUUAUUACAAGGAAUAUGUAAUGCGAAAAAAAAAUUUGUUGAUGUGUUUGCUGGACAAUGUGGAAGCAUGCACGAUGCACGCGUGUGGCGAAGAAGUUACAUAAACCAAGAAAUAAAUAACGAUCCCGACAGAUAUUGUCCGGAAAAUAGACAUAUUAUAGGAGAUACUGCCUACCCUUUACGUCGUCAUCUGUUGACUCCAUUUAAAGAUAACGGCCAUCUAACUCCUGCAGAAAUAAAUUACAACAAAGUUCUCAGUAAAACUCGCAUAAUAGUUGAAAAUACUUUUGCAUUAUUGAAAGGUCGAUUUCGGAGAUUAAAGUUUUUGUACUUACAAAAUGUAAAAUAUGCUUCUUUAAUCAUUUUAGCGUGUUGCGUUUUACACAACAUCUGCAUAGAUUUUGGAGAUGAAAUCGAUGUUGAAGAUGCAGAUGUUGAUGGCGAUAACUUUGAUGAGGAAUGCGAAAUAAAUUGUAAUAAUCCAGCUACAUAUAAGCGAAACAGAAUUGUUGAAUUUUUAAUGCAAAAAAGGCACAGACAAUAGGUGGACAAGUAUUACAUGAAACCUAUAAAGCAAUUUUUUA